CCAGUCAGGUAUCUGCUCUUGUCCCUUUGGAGCCCACAGGACAGGACACGGCAGGUGCUGCGGCUUGCCAGGGUGUCCCCAGGCUUUCCCUGUGCUCAGGGGUGUUACUCAUAACGCCCAUCAACCUAUUGCAUUUAAACUGGAGAAGGAAGUCCGUGAUGUGGUUGCUCAGCAUGGUGUGGGGUCUGCUGAACUUAUGCAGACACUCCAGAGGGUUGCUAAGGAUGUGCUGACGCCUCAUGACAUCUGUUCUGUGGCACAUUCUCUUUUUGACCCUGUGCAAUUUGAAGUUUUUGAGACCAAGUGGGCUCGUUUGGCAGCUGCCUCAGUGGUGCAGAAUGCUGCGCUGGGGCCGCAGGACCCCAGGCGUGUGGUUGUGGCUGAUAUGCUGUUGAGCACGGGACAUUAUGCCGAUGUUCGGGGGCAGGUUGGCUUCGAUCCCCUUGUUCUUGACCAGUGCCACAUGCUGGGCAUGGCGGCUAUUGUUCGGACCCUGGAAAUGGCUGUUCUGAAGCAGCUCUUUGCGACCAUUGUCCAGGGGGUUGAUGAGUCUUUCAUGAAAUUUGCAGUGAGGCUGACCGCAUCUGUGGAUAGGCAGGCGGAUGAUCCUGUGACAAGGAGGCUUGUGAUUGCAAACUUUGCAAGAUAUAAUUGCAAUGAUGAUUGUAAGAGGGUCAUAGAGGCUCUACCUGAUGAUCCUACUGUCUCCCAGAUGGCAGAAACCUGUGUGAACAUCACCCCUUUGGGUCGGAAGUUGGCUGCUGUGGCUACCGGUGUGCAGCCGGUCUGGGCAGUGCCGCAGGGCAGGCAGCCACAGCAGGGGAAUGUGCAGGCUGGCAAGAAGUGGGGGAAGAAGGCACAGAAGGUCAAAUUUCCCAUGUUUUUGUGUGGUCGGUGUGGAUGGCCAAAUCAUGUGACCAAUGCCUGCAAGGCGACUGCUCAUGUUAAUGACUAGGCUUUGCCGGGCUCGGGAAACGCAAAGCAGAGCAUGCAGGAGAGACAUGCCCAGACACAAGCUUCUCUCCAGACCCUGGAGCCGAUGGAGGUCUGCUUUGCUAGCUUGCAGCCAGCACCCGUGGAUCAGCAGUCCUCUGUUCACAGGACGGCUGACCGGUCACGUGGUGCAGGCAACUUUGGAUCCACUGGGUCGCCUCAAGUUCACUGGACCACCAUCCUGACCAAAGACCGUCCCAAGAUUCUGUGUACCCUGUUCAUCUCUGCAACGCCAU